UGCGCCGGUGUACAUAGUGUACUACAUAGCGCACGUUUUUGUACCGCACGUGUUUCCAUACGUCUUAUGAGUUUGUGUGUUAACCGACGUGUUUUUGUUAUUAAUUAUAUGAAAACAUAAUUACUGAGGCGAAAUUAUGGCUUCAACGGAUGAAAGUUUUCCCCGUGGUGGUUUUAAAAUCAGUGCGAGUGAAGAUCAAAGUGUUAAAAAGCCACAAAAACAAGAAAAUUUAUUUGGUAAUGUACAACCAAUAACCAAAAAGUCUAAAGGCAAGAAAAAGCGCCAGAAGCAGCAAGAUGAAGUUGAGGCAACUUCAGUACCAGAAUUCAUCAACAAAACUGAUAGUUUGACUGCUGUUUCAGCUGAUACACUAUCAAUUAAGAAAAUCCACGAAGGAAUGUCUGUUCUCGCAUGCGUAACACGCCUCAACACAAUGACUGUAGCCGUUGAGUUACCCGGUCGUUGUUUCGGCGAAAUUCUCGUACAAAACAUUUCCGCAACUUACACCAAACUAAUCACCGACGCUGUGAAAGCAGACGGUGGAAAACUACCAUCUUUAGAUAAUGUUCUACAAGUAGGAACAUUCCUGCCUGUUAAAGUUAUCCAAAUCGAAAACGACAAUAAACUCCGCAUCUUUCUCACUUGCAACCCCGCCGAGAUAAACGAACACUUCAAACACCCUGAUUUCACUAAACACAUGCUCGUCUGGGGCGCAAUCAAAGAGAAAUCCGAUCAUGGUUACCUCAUUGACUUAGGCGUGAAAAACUGCCGAGCACAUCUUCCAUUCGACGCUGUAGACGCCGCAAAAGAAUAUUCAUUAGGACAAGUUCUAUACAUGAUUGUAACAAAAAGUGUGAGCAGUAAAGAAGCAACCACUUUAACAUUAAGCGCAACACAAGCAGCAUUUGAUAAAACCACUGAAAGCAUGGGUACAUCCAUAGAUAAAGUAAUACCAGGCAUGCAAGUUGAGUUUUUAGUACAAAAACAGUUGAAAGACGGGUUGCAAGGACAAUAUUUCGAUGAAUGUACCGGUUUUAUCAAUGAUUUAUACUUGGCGAAGUCAUUUGACAGCGCUAAGAAAUACAAAGAGUUUACAGCGAUAAAAGCGAGGCUUUUAUAUGUUCACCCUGUAUCUAAACUUGGUUAUUUCACUUUAAAGUCACUAAAUGAAAAGAUUCCUGAAAAGGAAAAGAAGUUGCCUAUAGGUGCGUGGAUUUUAAGCACUGUGGCAGGAAAAGCCGGAUCUGGAUUGAUUGUUAAGUUAUCAGGCGGUCAGAAAGGUUUUAUUACGCAUAAACGUUUACUAAAAUCAGUAAAUAUGAAAGAUAGAGAAGGCGAGGACUUAGCUACACUAAUAGCUAACAAAUUUCCUGUUGGAGUUGCAAGACAUUGCACGAUUUUGGAUUAUAAUCAUACAGAAAGGCUGUAUAUUUGCACAUUUGAGAGAAUAACGGAUGUUAUGAACGUUGAACAGUUAAAAAUCGCACAGACUGUUAAAGGAACAAUCAAGGAAAUCAACGAUCAUGGUCUUGUGAUUAUGGUUGGGAAAUUACAAGCAUUUGCGCCGAAAGAUAAUCUAUCGAAUGUUAUGUACAGCGAAAAUAUUAGGAAACAGUUUAAAGUUGGUCAAGAAGUGAAUGCAAAAAUUUGGAACUUAAACAUUGAAAAAAAGGAAAUUAUCUUAACUUUAAAGCCGGAUCUUCUCUCCUCUAACAUUCAUCUAUCUUCUUAUGAAGGAUUAUCACUCUCUGAACAAUAUCCAGGCGUGGUAAUCCACGUAAAACAAACAGGUGUAUUAUUAUUGUUCUACGGAGGUGUUAAAGGAUGGCUACCGGUGCGUAACAUCCCACAACUUGGCAAUAAAGACGCAAGAAAUGAAUUCUACCGCGGGCAGAUUAUCAAAGCGCGUUGUGAAGUCGUUGAAGGUGAUAGACUUACACUCACGUUGAAUCUUCCCAAAAAGAAAAAGGUACCAGUUGGUAAAAUUAUUGUUAAACCUAAAAUAUGCGAAAUUACCGAUGAGGGUAUCUACGUGAUGAUUGGUGAUAUAAAAGCAUUUGUUCCCAAAGAACAGUUGGCCGUUGAAGGUCUAGGGAAGUUAUUACUAUCGACGUAUAAAGUUAAUCAAACUUUGGAUGAGGAAUUGAUUUGUGUGAUUGAUAGUAAUCCGCCGGUGUUGAGUGUGAGGGAAUAUGUUGUACAUAAAAGAGAGCAGUUGAAGAUUCCAUCCCUGCCGCAACUUGCUGUGAAUGUUGUAAUGAGAGGCAUUUAUAAAGAAAAGAAUACUAUUAGUAUUCCAAUGAAAUUACAUCCGGGUGAGUUUAGGAUUGAUGAUAAUGGCUUGAAAGCGCUGGAUAGAUAUGAGUCGAUUAGUGCGCAAGUCGCGAAACGUCAAGGGAAGGGGAAGAUUUUAUGGAGUGUUGGACUUAAUAAAGUUUUCGGAUUUAGUUUUAUGGAAACUGUUAAUUACUUGGAUCAAUAUCUUGAGGAUAUUGCACGUUUGAGAAAGAGGUAUUUACUCACGGGGAAUCCAUUGGUUGAUUUGGAAAUUGGGGCAACUGUUGAUUGUGUUGUUAAUCAAGUGGAUUUACAACGUGGAUGCAGUGUUUCGGUGUUGCCGAUGAACUGUCAAGGUUUGGUUGCUAAGCAACAUUGUCCAAACAAGCUUAAACCUGGUACUACUGUAAAGGGGAAGGUUUUAUGGGUGAAUUAUCAGUUGAAGUAUGCGGGGAUUACGCUUAAGCCACAAAUUAUGCAAAAAAUUAAUGAUAAACAAGGUAAAGCUAUUUCCAAUCUGCCGAAAGAAAAUGUUAUCGUGAGGAUUCUCCAUGCUAAUCGUAAUGUUGCCGUGGGUGUACUCCGAGAGGAUUUUAAUAGUCAAUUGGUUUAUUUGCCUGUUAAACUGCAUGAAAAUGAUUUUACGCCUAAAAUAGAUUAUUAUGAUACACUGAUAGACAAAGAAGAGUAUUGUAAAGUGAUCAAGAUGAAGUCGGGUCGACUUUUGGGGGUUACUGUGCCGAUGCUUGAGAGUUUUAAGAAAAAAUUGAAAAUGUAUAAUACAAAAAUUAUUACUUUGCGUAAUAAUCUGAAAAAGGAUGAAAUUAAGGAUAAGAAAAAACAGGUGAAGAACAACAAAGAAGAUAAAAUGGAAAUUAAAGAAGAAGAUGAAGGUAUUGCUAGUUCUGAAGAUAUUAAGUCCGAAACUGAGAUGGUGACAAGUGAAAAUGAUUCUGAAGCAGAAGAAGAUGAGGAUAAUGAUGAUAUUGAAGUAGAAGAAGAUGAAAACGAUUCUGAAAUAGAUGAAAAUGAUUCUGAAAUAGAUGAAAAUGAGGUUGAUUCUGAAGCAGAUGAAAUUGAUGAAAACGAUUCGGAAACGGAACAAAAUCAGAAUGAUUUUGAAAUGGAAGAAACAGAAGAAAAUGAAAACGACUCAGAAUCUGAUUCAGAAGAAACUAAAACACUUCCAGCAAUUACUCCUGAAAUAGAAACCAAAAAGAAACGAAAACUUGUCGAAGAAGAACCAGCGGAACCCUCAUCAAAAAAGAAAAAGAAGAAGAAAGCAAUUGAACCACCCAAACCUACUAAUCCCCUUAAACCAAAUAAAUCCUCAGAACAACCCGCUGUCCUCUCGGGAAUGUCCUCAUUUUUCGAAGAAGAAGCUCCAAUCACCCCCAAAGAAGAAUCCGACGAUGAAGACACUUCACUUCAACAAAAGAAAAAACUCACACCUGCAGAACGUCUGCAAAAGGCCAAAGAUGAAGAAGCACGUUUGAGGAAAAUCGAAAACGACCUUGCUGAUUCCUCCCUUCUACCACAGAAUGCCGAACAAUUUGAUCGCGCUUUACUUGGUAAUCCCGACGAUUCAGAAUUAUGGACCAGAUACAUCGCUUUCCACGCACAAUCGACUGAAUUUGACAAAGCGCGAGCUGUUGCAAGACGUGCUAUUGAACGCAUAUCAUUCACAGCGAUGCAAGACCGACUCAACGUGUGGUUAGCGUAUCUAAACUUAGAGAAUAUGUAUGGUACUAAGGAUAGUUUUCAGACAUUAUUUGAAGAGGCAACUAGGUGUAAUGAUACUUUGACUAUUUAUCUCGAAACUAUAAAGAUGAUGGCGGAGAUGAGUAAGUUUGUCGAAAUGGAAGAGAAGAUAAAGAAAGCGCGUGGUAAAUUCAAACAGGAAUUGCAAAUGUGGUUGGAGAUUGGUAAAGUAUAUUACACAUGCGGGAAGUUUUCCGAGGCGAGAAAACUUAAGGAUAAGGCUUUACUCACGUUAAUUGACAAAAAUCACGUAAAAAUGCAACUUCUCGUACAAUACGCCAUCAUGGAAUUCGUUCACGGCGAGAGUAAUCAAGGUGAAGCAUUAUUCGAGACAAUUCUACAAGCUGAUCCUAAACGUGUGGAUAUUUGGUGUACUUAUGUUGAUCAAUUGAUUAAAAAAGAUAAAAUUGAUGUUGCUAGAAAUGUAUUAUCACGAGCAGUAGGACAAAAACUCGCCUACAAAAAAAUGCGAACGCUUUUCAAGAAAUACCACGCGUUUGAAACAACACACGGCGAUGAAGAAACACUCGCACAUGUUACAAACCUCCUACGUGAGUAUAGUGAUAAGUAAUUUCAUCAAAAACCAAUUUCACUUAUAAUAAAUUGUUUAAUUUGUA